AUGUUAUUUUUUCAUAAUCCUAAUGUACGAUCUUUUAUUAGAACAGCUGCUUGGGGUCCUGUAAUUUUAUUUUUUGUUGAACACGGUUUUAGUAUAGGAUCUAUUCAAGGAAGAUCUAUGCAGCCAACGUUUAACCCUGAUUCAAACAAACUCCGUAGAGAUAUUGUUUUAUUAAAUCGUUGGAUAGCAGUUACGCAUGAAUACUCAAGAGGUGACGUAGUAACAUUAUAUGCACCAGAUGAUCCGGAUCGCGUGAUAACAAAAAGAAUAAUUGCAUUAGAAGGUGAUACCGUAUUACCUUUACCUCCUUAUCCUGAUAAAUUUGUUAAAAUACCAAGAGGACAUUGUUGGGUUGAAGGGGAUGAAAUAUUUCAUAGCAAAGAUAGCAACGAAUAUGGUCCGGUACCAUUAGCAUUGAUAAAUGCUAAAGUUUCUUACAUAUUAUGGCCAUUUUCAAGGUUUAGUAAAGUAGAGCGUAUCGAAAACUCUCGUGUUUCCGUAUUUAAAGGAGAUCCUUUAAAAGACCAGGAUUAA